UUAAAAAAAAAUUUUUUUUCUUUAAAGAAUAACAAUGAGGGUUCCUGUAUUUGAGGAUUUAAAAAAUGAAACCGAAGAGGAAAAAACAGGAGAAGAAGAAAAUGAAGAAGAUAAGGUAUUCUACAAGCCUGUUAUUGAAGACCUAAGCAUGGAAUUGGCCCGAAGAUGCACGGAACUCAUUAGUGAUAUCCAUUAUAAAGAAGAGUAUAAAAAGUCGAAGGACAAGUGUACAUUUGUGACGGACACUCCUAUGCUAAACCAUGUAAAAAAUAUUGGUGCAUUUAUUUCUGAGGCCAAAUACAAAGGCACCACUAAGGCAGACCUUUCCAACUCUCUUUAUAAGCAGAUGCCGGCCACAAUUGACAGUGUCUUUGCGAGAGAAGUUACGCAGCUUCAGAGUGAGGUUGCCUACAAGCAAAAACAUGAUGCUGCCAAGGGAUUCUCAGAUUAUGCCCAUAUGAAGGAGCCACCUGAAGUCAAACAUGCCAUGGAGGUCAAUAAACACCAGAGCAACAUUUCUUACCGAAAAGAUAUGCGGGACACCCACAUGUAUAGCGCGGAACUUGAUAGACCAGAUAUCAAGAUGGCAACCCAGAUAUCCAAGAUCAUAAGCAAUGCAGAAUACAAGAAAGGACAAGGAGAAAUGAAUAAGGAGCCCGCUGUAAUUGGAAGACCAGAUUUUGAACAUGCUGUGGAAGCUUCUAAACUUUCUAGUCAAGUUAAAUACAAAGAGAAAUUUGAUAAUGAAAUGAAGGACAAGAAACAUCAUUAUAAUCCUCUUGAAAGUGCUUCUUUUAGGCAAAGUCAGUUUGCUGCCACACUAGCCAGUAACGUGAAGUACAAGAAAGACGUUCAAAAUACGCACGAUCCAGUUUCAGAUCUCCCAAAUUUGUUGUUUUUAGACCAUGCUUUGAAAGCCAGCAAAAUGCUCAGCAAUCGAGAAUAUAAAAAGCUUUUUGAGGAAAAUAAAGGACUGUAUCAUUUUGACAUGGACGCUACGGAACACCUGCACCAUAGAGGCAAUGCCACACUCCAGAGCCAGGUUAAAUACAAAGAUGAAUAUGAGAAAAAUAAGGGAAAAUCCAUGCUUGAGUUUGUGGAGACACCAUCAUAUCAAGCUUCAAGGGAGGCUCAAAAGAUGCAAAGUGAGAAAAUUUACAGAGAAAAUUUUGAGAAGGAAAUUAAAGGAAGGUCAUCAUUGGAUUUAGACAAGACUCCAGAAUUUUUACAUGUAAAGUACAUCACCAACCUUCUGAAGGAGAAGGAAUAUAAGAAAGAUUUGGAAAAUGAAAUAAAAGGGAAAGGAAUGGACCUUAAUUCAGAAGUUCUUGAUAUUCAAAGAGCAAAACGAGCAUCUGAAAUUGCUAGUGAGAAAGAAUACAAGAAAGACCUGGAGUCAGUGAUUAAAGGGAAGGGAAUGCAAGUUGGCACUGACACCCUUGAAAUACAACGGGCCAAAAAAGCUUCGGAGAUAGCUAGUGAGAAAGACUAUAAAAGGGACCUGGAGACUGAAAUUAAGGGGAAAGGCAUGCUGGUGGGCGCAGACACGCUUGAUAUCCAGAGAGCUAAGAAAGCAUCUGAAAUGGUCAGCCAGAAAGAAUAUAAGAAAGACUUAGAAAACGAAAUUAAAGGGAAAGGGAUGCAAGUGAGUAUGGAUAUCCCGGAUAUGCUUCGAGCCAAGAGAGCAUCUGAACUCUAUAGCCAGAAAAAAUAUAAAGAUGAAGCAGAGAAGAUGCUUUCUAACUAUUCUACUCUGGCAGAUACUCCUGAAAUUCAGAGAAUUAAGACAACUCAACAAAACAUUAGCGCAGUAUUUUAUAAAAAAGAAGUAGGAGCUGGCACAGCAGUAAAAGAUACCCCAGAGAUUGAACGAGUGAAGAAAAAUCAGCAGAAUAUUAGUUCGGUGAAAUACAAAGAAGAGAUGAAACAUGCAACAGCCAUUUCUGAUCCUCCAGAGCUAAAGAGAGUCAGAGAAAACCAAAAGAACAUCAGCAAUCUUCAGUAUAAAGAGCAGCUCUACAAAGCAACGCCAGUAAGUAUGACACCAGAGAUAGAGAGGGUGCGGAAGAACCAGGAGCAGCUGAGUGCGGCAAGUUGCUUCCGUUUUUCCUUGUAUUAUCAGACAUUACGUGUGAAAUACAAAGGAGAGAUUAAACAGGCAACUGCCAUUUCUGACCCACCAGAACUGAAGAGAGUUAAAGAAAACCAGAAGAAUAUCAGCAAUGUGUGA